GUGGUCAUUUUUGUGAAGGCAGGGGAUGGGGGGAAUGGUGCGGUGCUGCACCCCCCACGGCCUUGGAAGGCGGGGGAGACGCCUGGACUGAAGGGAGGGAAGCUCAACGCGAGAGAGGCGGAGGAAAUGAGGAGGAAGCUUCGCAGGAAGGAAGUAGAGAAGGCAAAAGCGAUGAAACGAGUUGGCACAUUCAAGCGAGAUGCCGAUGGGCUGGCGAUUGUGCCCAUGGGGGGCCAUGGGGGAGACAUUGUGAUUCACGCAGACCCCUCCCUCUCCACGCUGCUGCCUCUGCACCGCAAGAAGCGGCACGUGGCGAGGAGCGGAGGACACGUGGAUGCCAAGGGAGGUCUCGCACGGAGAGGGCCUGACGGUUUGCAGGGGCCUGUGCUGCGAAUAGGCGUCCCAGUAGGUACGGUGGUGAAGCGCAAGCGGGGAGGCAAGUUCCUGGCUGAUCUGGCAAACCCGGGGGAUGAAGUGGUGGUGGCGAGAGGAGGACGAGGAGGGAUCAGCGUGUACGAGCUGCCUGCGUCCAACAAGGCCCACCUUCGCCCUGUGAAGGCACCAUUGGGAACCACAGUGAUGAGCGCUCCAGAGGACAAGCAACUGACGUACGGGUUGCAAGGCGAGGAGGCAGCAUUGGAGCUGACGCUGCGAGUGGUGGCUGACGUGGGGCUUGUGGGCUUCCCCAAUGCAGGGAAAUCGUCCCUGCUAGCAGCGGUAACCGCAGCACGUCCGGAAAUAGCAGACUACCCCUUCACGACCCUCAUGCCGAACCUGGGCCGCAUGCCUGCCGAUCCUGCUGGUCCGGAUGGCGGGUUUGGCGAUGGGCCUACCCUCGCGGAUCUGCCAGGGCUGAUUGAAGGGGCGCAUGUGGGGAAGGUGGGUAUUGGGGAGGGGUGCUUGGGAUAUGGAGUUCUGGGUCGCAUGUUCCUUUGCCACCUGCGCCGCGCUUUUGAGGCGCCUCAAAAGCCGCACCCGCGUGCUGCUGCGAGGACUGGGUCACAUGGUCUGACUCGCAGGUUCCUGUGCCACCUGCUGCUCUCAGGUGCUGAUGCAUGUGCUGAAUUCCUCUUUACAACCUCCCUUCUCUGCUUCAACCUCCUUUCUCCCUCCUGUCUUCCUCCCCUCCACCAUUAUCACCAGGGUCUGGCUCGCAUGUUCCUGUGCCACCUGCGCCGCACCAGGGGUCUGGGUCGCAUGUUUCUUCGCCACCUGCGCCGCACCCGGGUGCUGCUGCACGUGCUCGAUGCAUGUUCCUCCAACCACCCUACUCUCUCCCAACUGGCCUUCCCCCUCCCCUCCUCUUCCUCCCUCUCGUUAUUACCAGGGUCUGGGUCGCAUGUUUCUUCACCACCUGCGCCGCACCAGGGUGCUGCUGCACGUGCUCGAUGCAUGUUCCUCCAACCACCCUACUCUCUCCCAACUGGCCUUCCCCCUCCCCUCCUCUUCCUCCCCCUCUCUUCCUCCCCCUCGUUAUUACCAGGGUCUGGGUCGCAUGUUUCUUCGCCACCUGCGCCGCACCAGGGUGCUGCUGCACGUGCUCGACGCAUCUGCGCGUGA